AUGAAGACCAAUGUUCAGGGGCUGCAUCUCUGCAUCCAGCUCUGUGACUUCACCUUUUAUAGAGAAGCAGCAGAGCAGCAACAACACAACUCUAUUAUGGAGCCAGUACUCUGUUAUGAGUCCAGAAAUGGUUCAUGCCAGAGGACCAUCUAUCCCUUGCCCGCACGCAUCACCCUCUACAUUAUUCUAGGGGUCACAGUCAUCCUAACAGUGUGUGGAAACUUUUUGGUCGCUGUCUCAAUUGCCUUUUUUAAGCAGCUCCGUACUCCAACUAAUUACUUGAUCGCCUCUCUGGCUGUGUCCGACCUCCUUGUAGGGCUGUUAGUCAUGUUCCCCAGUAUGGUUCAAUGUGUAGAGUCUUGCUGGUAUUUUGGUGACAUCUUGUACAGACACUAUGCUGUUUGCCAACCUCUACUAUACAGCAGAAAAAUAUCUGUUAAUGUUGUGUUGAUCAUGAUUCUGGUCAUUUGGAGUAUUUCAGCUGUCAUAGGCUUUGGGAUGAUUUUUCUCAAAUUAAAUAUUUGGGGGAUUGAGGAGUUCUACUAUGAGCACAUUGCAUGUGAAGGAGGAUGUGUUUUGUUUCAGAGCGGACUUUCAAGUACAGUCUCAUCAGUGCUUUCCUUUUACAUUCCAGAAAUAAUAAUGCUUGGCGUUUACCUUAAGAUUUUCCUAGUGGCACAGAAACAGUUGCACAGCAUACAGAACACAAGCUGUAUGAGCUCAGCAAAAAUAUCAAAUAAGAGCCAGACAAAAGCCACUAAAACACUUGCUAUCAUAAUGGGCGCAUUUCUGUCUUUUUGGACUCCUUUUUUUGUCUGCAACACCAUCGAUCCCUUUAUCAGUUACUCAACACCACCAGUGUUGUUUGGAACGCUUGUAUGGGUGGGCUACUUGAAUUCUACUGUGAACCCUUUAAUAUAUGCAUUCUUUUAUAGUUGGUUCAGAAAGGCAUUUAAAUUAUUCACUUCAGGUAAAAUAUUUAAAGCUGAUAUCUCAGAAACAACACUUUUCACAGAAUAA